UUCAGCAGCGUCCGCCUGUCUGUGCCUACCAGCGCUCUAAAGUUUUCUGUGACACUGAAGGUCAGCUGGGCGCAGCACAACAAAUAGGAGAGAGGGGGUGUGACGCACUUCAGCGAAUCAGCAACCGGCUUUACGUCACUUCACUGACAUGGUAGAUCUCACAGUGUUCUAUGAUCUGGCUAAAAACUUUAGAACACCGGCCUAAACCCCGCCCGUGUGCACAGCAGGAAUAGGACAAGCCCAGAGACUUGCACACAUUAGCGAAUGUCGCUGACGUGCACAGCAGCGCCGCUGACUGGUCAGAACUGACACUUCUCCUGUGCUCUGAUUGGCCACUCCUGUGACAUCACAGAGAACUCAUUGGCUGCCGCCGCUUGUCAACAAGCUCACCUGGACUGUGCGGGCAGCAGCUGAUCGGGAGGGAUCUUGUGUGUGGACGGGGAAUAUGCGCCCUGUGGCGGUGUCUGUGUGACUCGGUGCCAGCCUGCUCGCUCCUGGACGGGCUGACCUCAGCGCUGGAAACCCUUUUAUCAGGGCGAGGAGGAAAAAACUAGAGUGUAAAAGCGAAAAUUGGCGUGGACAAGUGGAUCGUCAUGAGGGACAAGAAGAUUUUGCUCCAUUUUAGUCCUGUGAACAAGUAGUUUUUUAAUACAUUUCCACACCUCUGCAGUAUAAAUCCAGUAUUACAGUCCAAAAUGGCGGGCAAUGGAGAUAUUUCAUAUGAAAAAGAGUGAAGAGAGCGGCUGUGAUGAAAAUGCAUCAGAUGUCUUCAAUACCAUCCAGAGAUGUUCACUCCACAUGCUUCCAAAAAAAAGCCAAAGAAAGAGAAGAACAGGCGAAUGUAGGGCAGACGGCAGAUGUGCACAGACCUCAUCCUUUUAGUCUGGAUUACUGGAGUCAUGCGAGAGGAAGAAGCUUUAAUAAGGAUACUCUGAUGCAUUCAUGUUGGAAAAUGAAGCUUCAGAAUGAAAAGUCUUUGGGCCGUUCAGUCAGCCGUUCCAGUAACAUUUCCAAGGCAGGAAGUCCGACUUCAGUUACUGCACCAAAUAGCUUUCCACGGACAUCAGUGACACCAUCCAGCCAAGAUAUCUGCAGUUCCAGUGCUGUAUUUUCUGAAUGUUGUCAUCAAAGUCCAUUGCAGUCUGCUGUUGUGUUGAAAAAUCCCAAAUGCCAGAGUUCUAGGACAUCAGGGGCCACCGUAACCAUUAUUUGUCAAGAUGGCUUUUCUAUGGAACAUGCAGAUACAAAAACCUAUAGCAACAUUGUGAAGCCCCCUAAAGCUAAGUCUUCUCUCCCAUUCUCGAAGUCACUGAAUGAUGUGGACCAAAAGACUGCAGCGUCAUCUGGGACCUGUGAGUUUGUGGAAAGAACUAGCUCAGAAGGAAAACUACAUACAGCCGAAGAACAUUUUUUUGCAAACAAUAAAUUCCAAUUUCAAAAAAAUGGAGCUGAAUUUACUAAUACCAUUUCAAUGAAAAACUGUAAUGGGGUACAUGGUCCAUCUCUCUCACCCAAGCCACUCAAAAUUCCAUAUCUGGACACUAGUCUUGGAUCUGUAUGUAUACCUAUUAUCGAUGAUAAGGCAGACAGUGAUUCUUCAAAAAGCAAAACCUUGCUCCACUAUAUAUUUUCUUUUUCACCAAGCUCAAGUGUCCAUAGCCUGAACAGGUUCCAAGAGCUUGAUGGCUACUCUAGAAGUCUUCAUGCGGGCACAUCUUCUAGUAUGCUUUUGGGAAGCACUGAUUUUUGCUCUGACGACAUGGGCGACGAUGAUGUAUUUGAGGACAAUGCCACUGUCAAAGAAGAUCUAAAGGAUUUAAGGGCUCCUCUAUGUUCAGUGGAGGAUAGUGACCUUGAAUGUCCUUCCCCUUCCAAAAAAAAUCCCCCCGCUUCCCCUGUGUCUGCAUCUGGGGAUGCUUGCAGGAUAUGUCACUGUGAAGGUGAUGAUGAAAGUCCGCUGAUAACACCCUGUCACUGUACAGGAAGCCUUCAUUUUGUGCACCAGGCUUGCCUCCAGCAAUGGAUCAAGAGCUCCGAUACUCGGUGUUGUGAACUUUGCAAGUUUGAGUUCAUUAUGGAAACCAAAUUAAAGCCUUUAAGAAAAUGGGAAAAGUUGCAGAUGACCUCGAGUGAACGGAGGAAGAUCAUGUGCUCAGUUACAUUUCACAUCAUCGCUAUCACCUGUGUUGUUUGGUCUUUAUAUGUUCUUAUUGACAGGACUGCAGAGGAAAUCAAAUUGGGCCAAACCACAGGGAUAAAAUUGGCGCUCGCAAGAUCCAAUAAGACCAUAGUGGAGUAUAAGACAACAAGUUUAUUAAAACGUAUAUCACGUUUCCAAGCUGUUCCGGCCCCUUCAUCAGGUAUCCUGGAAUGGCCAUUUUGGACUAAAUUAGUCGUGGUAGCAAUUGGCUUCACUGGAGGACUUUUGUUUAUGUAUGUGCAAUGUAAAGUCUAUGUCCAGCUAUGGAAGAGACUAAAAGCUUACAACAGAGUCAUCUACGUGCAGAACUGUCCCGAAACCUGUAAAAAAAAGACAUUUGAGAAAACAACUGUAAUAAUUGAGCCAAAUCUGGAGAGUAAAGAAGCUCUUGGCAUUCAUCACUCAGACACAAAUUCCUCUUACUACACGGAACCAGAAGACUGCGGAGCAGCAAUUCUCCAAGUGUAAAGACUGGAUUCCUAUCGGACUCUAUUUCAGGAGAUGACUAUUUACCGACUGCGGGCAGCAGUAGAUGUAAUGUCCUGAAAUAUUCCCAUUUUUCAGUUUUGUUCAUAGCAACUAUAAGCGUCUUUAUAAACAUAAAGGUAGAGCCCCUAAAUUAUUUCUGGUUGAUACCUCUCGUAAAAGAACAAAAGAACUGACGUAUUCAGGAGCUCAAGCAACUAAAGAAAUAUCCUAGACCUCUUAGAAGAUGAUGAUUUUUAAAUGAAGUACAGACUACUAAUGGCUUCUUUAUCUCUUAUGGUAAAGUGAGUGAAUGAGGUUCACAGUCCAGAGCGUAAUUCUCUGUGCGAGGAACGCAGAAGGAAAGAUCAGACAUUCUUAGCACAUCCACUGCUCUUACUGCCAAUUACAUCUUUUUUUGGCUCUCGCUUUUUAGAAUCCUGCUUUACUGAAGAGUCACAAGAGCAUCUGGCACUUUUUUGUGUAAAAAAUGGUUUUGUAAUAUCUUUAUUGACUUCAAAAACAAUUUCAUUACAAAACAGAGAAUGUGCUCUGUCAUUUCUAGUAUAAUUAAUGUGUAACCUCUUGCCUUACAUAUUGUAUAUACAAAUAAAAGUUAUCUUUCACAAAUUUAUCAUUUUACACAUAACAAAUUUUGCCUUGUUAUAUCAGGAAAAUGCAUCUGUAAGUAGUUGGGAAUUAACAUUUUUUCUACCACAUGUAUUGAAGACCUUUUUUUUUUUUACCAAUGAAAAUGCACAAAAUUGGUAGAACUUUGAAUUUCUCGUGUAAUAUUGAAUAAAAAUAUAGAAAUUUUAUUAUGUUAAGUUAUUUUUGUUCUUUCAGUGUUUUUUUUUUCUUUUCAGUAAAGG